AUGUUAGACAGGGACAGUGCAUUUCCGUGGCGUGGUAGGGAAGACGGAAUUGUGAUGGUGGCGCUUGUUGGCCCAAAAAGGGAAGAUGGAGGGCAGGAGAAAUGGCCAGUGAUCGGAGUAGGGGAGACGGAGAUGCAGUUGGGCUGGGUUUUUGUUGUUGGGCCCUUGUUGGGAGCAGUACUGAGGCAUAUUGCUGAGUUUUCUGCAGGCGUUCUUAAAGUUGGAAGAGAAAUGCUUUGGUCUUUAAGAACAAGAUUGUUCAUCACUUUAAAUAGCAGUGAGGCGCAGACGCGGACAAGGCGGCGAUGCAGGAGGAAAAGGCGGCCAAAGCGCGCCUUAAGGCGUCUAAAGCGAAAGCCUGAGAUUUUUUUGUUUUGUUUUUUUUUUCACCAAAAACGACGUCGUUUUGGUGUUUUGAGAGUUAAAAUUCCUUCAAGUCUCGAGCUGAAGUCAUUUUCGAUUCCUUCAGCCUCCUCCAUCAAAACUCCGACUCUUUCACUUCCAAAUCCCAAUUCCCAGGCAACAAAUUUGAUAAAAUCAUCAAGAGCCCAUGAGUUUUCUCAAGGAUUUGGCUCUAAAGGAGGUUUUUUUUUCACACUUGGAGCAAGAGAUUUUCUCACUUGGAGAGUUGGAAUCAGAUUUGCAGCAAAGGAUUUAAGUAAUGUUCCUUGUAUGGCAGAUCAAACACCUUCAAGUAUAGUGAGGCUGGCUAGAGGGCACAUGAUGUGGCUGCAUAGACAAGACUCCUUCAAGGAGAAGAUUGAGGGAUCUUAGUGAAGCCAGUAACAAUGAUGCUGAUAAUCAGCUUUUAAGCUUUGAGCCAUUACCAUCAGAAUUGUAUGUAAACAAUUCCCAACUUCUGUUUUUUUCAGUCUGUGUGAUUGGUUUCUGAGUUUCAUUGUGUAAUUGGGAGGGAGUAGUCUGAUUUUGGUUGUCAAAUUUUAGUUUUUGGUUACAAUACAUGUUCUAUAUAUAAGACUAGUUAUAUACAUAAAUA